GGUGAGAGGAAACGUAGUAGAUCAACAAACAUGGCGGGUUGUACUGACACGCUGACUCUCUCCAGGAUCUUAACUGAUAAAUGCAAAGACAAACACUUCACUAAGUCUUCACGUUAUCGUUUGUUAGACAGCGUUGAUGAUGUUAUUAUUGCGUGGAGCAAGGAAGAUGGGUGUCUGCUCUCUCAGCUCAUUAUACCUAACUGUAAAGUACAGACUUUAGCACUAUCCAAGCCUCCAGUUUGGGAGGUGGAGCAUGUACAAAUAAACAAAAGUGGGAGUGGUGUUGCACUGAUAGGACGGCGAGGUGUGGCCGUUGUUGAGUUGCCUCACCGAUCAGGUGAUCCUCCUCUUUAUGAUGGAGGGAGGGACACCAUCACAUGCAGGGUAGAGUAUGUGGCUGAACGAUUCUUCUUGUGUCAUCCUAAACUGGAGGUGAUGGCUGCUGCUUGGCACCCAGGAUCUCUGGAGAACAACCACAUAGUUAUCCUGGCCUCUGAUAAUUAUCUUCGGAUAUACAACCUAACUUCAAAUGAAAUUCCAGAGCAAGCAAUAUCUCUUGGUUCAGGAAGAGUAGGUGUUAUUAGCAGCUCCAAUUUCACUUGUAGCUCUAAUCUUGGAGAAAGUGCUGUGGCAUUUGAUUUUGGCCUUCCUAAUGAACCAGUCAUGUGCCCCUCUGGAAAUCCUGUCUCUAAUGGAAUAAUUGAAAAUUUGAUUGAUCUAGAAAAUGGGAAGAGGCAAAAAUUCUUGGGACUUCAGUGGCCAGUGUUCAUACUGUAUGGCAAUGGAGAAAUCUAUUUUGUUAUUACAAACCUCAGCACGACUAGACCAGCCUUGCAUAGACUGUAUGGCCCCCUGAGUAUGAUACCAGCUUGUGAUGACAACUAUGGGUUGGAUUCUUGUAGUCUCCUGGUUCUCCAGUCCUCUCCACCAGUGUUAGUUAUUGCCACCACAACUGGCCAGCUUCACCACUGCAUAGUGAUUGACAGUGAUGUAAAUGAAGAUGAAUCACUGUCCAGUAUAGCAACAUCAGUAAAGCUUCAUGUUUACGAGACUGUUGAGCUGGAAUUGUCACUUCUUCCAGACGAUGAAAAUUUUACUUCGCCUCUCUCGCUUCAUCCAGAUCCCACUACACCUACAAGGUACUGGGUGAGUCAUGAGGCAGGUGUCCAUGGAGUUACUGUUCCAUUCAUUGAACAUCUUCUUCAAUACACUGAUUUGCCUGAUGAUGCAGCAUUCUCAGCAAGCGAGUCUCCAUGUAUUGUGGAUCACAUACUUUGCACAAGAUCGCUCACCCCUGCUGGUCCUAUGCCUGUGGUGGGCUUAGUAGCUGGUACUUCUCAUAUACUCUAUGUCAUGCUGGCUUCUGGCAGGAUCAUCUCCAUUAUUAUUCCACCAGCUUUUGUGCAACAAAUCAUAGAAUCUCCUAAUACCGAUUUUGACCUUGCUGUGUCCCCACUUAGAAAGGUCCAUUCACAAAACUUUGAGGAUCAUAUUCGGUGUAUUUUGCACCGCUUAUCAUCUCAGCCACUGCUGGCUUCAGGUUCUACCUCCAAAGUUACACCCGACGAGUACCUGAAUCUCCUCAACCGUAUAACUGCCACCCUUAGAAAAAACUAUAUGCAACCUCAGCGAGCAGCUAGACUAGACAUACAAAGAAGGUCAGAUAUAUUAAAUGAACAGAAGCAAAGAUUGCAAGCAGAAGUAGAUGAUUUGCAAGCAAGAAAGAAAUCAUUAACAGAAAAAGCUCACGAAUUAGCAGAGAAGUAUGAAGAAGCAAAUGAUAAGAAGAGUCAGUUGGUUGAGAGACUAGAAAGAGUGUUGAGUCAAGUGAUGCGAGCUUUACCAGUGCUGUCAACGGGAGAGAAGAACAUGAUGCGUGAGUUGGAGUCCAUGCAGAGCCAUACUUCCAGCUUAUUGAACCAAUUAGCUCAAAUUAAGGCUAAGGAUAAAUGGCAAAUCAGUCAGAUGGAGAAAUAUCAGAAUACAGAAACUGUUAAAAACCAGCGAGCGUCAUGUGUAUCUGAAAGUCAGCUUAAAGCUCUCAAACAAGCUUUGACAAAUGAGGGUGAGAAGUUGUCGAAUCUGCUGGAGAGAGUGAACCACGUUAAGCACGAUCUUCAGUUAUGAUGAGGGUUACAAGAAUAGUUACUGCUGAAAGAUAAUUGGAACAAAUGAUGUGUUGGAUUUAUUAUAACAUUUCAGAAAUUAUCAUGCCCAAGGGAAUGAGUUUCAGUGAUAGUUAUAUAUAUUCCUUUUAUUGAAAUAGUAAAGUAGGUUUUGUAUUGUGAAGCUCAUAAGCAUUCAAAUACUCAUUUGGUAAUUCAUCCUGAGUGUUUCCAAAUUAAAGUAAAUAGCAGACUGUAAAAUAUUUUUUAGUCAUGCUCAGAGUUACAUUUUGAAGUUAAGAAAGUAAUAGACAUUUUAAUAAAACUAGCCUUUUAUAUAUUUUUUAUGUUUUAACACAUGAUUUUAUUGAUAAUGUUUAUAUACCAUGCUGGAAAUUCCCCUUUCUUCAUUGGAUGACACUUUGUUUAUUACUUUUUAAGGCUAACUAAGGCUUGAAUGCAUUUGUUUUGGAUUGGUUGUAUAUAUAAUAACAGUUUAACAGUAUUACCUUAUUGCAAUAGUACUGAAGUAAACAAUAAUUGCAGGAUAUUA